AUGUCCUCCCUCACCUCCCCAAAAUCCUCCCCCAAACCCAUCAACCCCCAACCCACCUCCCAACUCUUCACCCUCCUCCCGCCCGAACUCCGCCUCCGAAUAUACUCCUACAUCCUCCCUCCCACAAAACCCCGCGCCCUCUACCUCACCCGCGAUGUCUGGACGAGGAAAGAACCCCGACCAUGCCGGACUUUCCUCGGGAUCUUCCUCGUUUGUCGGAGGAUGUACGACGAGACGGUCGAUUUUCUGUACGCUCGACAUGAAUUGCUGCUGGGGAGUGCGCAUCCGCCCCUGCAGAAUCGUGUCGGGGCUCUGGAGGAGUACACGCGAGUUUUCCAGCGUGCGCAGCGGAUCCGGUUGACGUUGUUCGUUACGGGCGAGUUGGCGCAGGAUAACGUCCUCAUAGCGUUGAUGGGCUGGUUGAAAGCCGUCUUGACGGAGAGGGAGAGGCCAAUGAAGUUACUGACGUUGGAGUUCUGUGCGAUCAGACCGACAUUGGACUGCAGACCUACUGCUCUCUUGUACGCCGCGCAGGGGUUCCGCAGUCUGGGGCCAACGAAGUUUGUGUUUCAAUGUGGGUUUAGAGGCGUGGGGAGUGAGAGUGCCAUGGAGGCAUUGAUGCAGCAUGCGAAUGAGAAGAUGAGGGUGCCGGUGAGGACGCCGGUGUCCGCUGAGGAGGCUUUGGAGAGGUUUUUGGUGGUUUGGAGGAGGAGUCAGCCGGCUGGAUAUGUGACUUUUUCGAAGUCGCUCAGUAAUCGCUGGUUGAAGACGACGUUCGAGGUGUGA